AUGUGUAUGAAAGCGCAUUGUGCCACCUGCAACAAGGUUAGCUGGUGGGGUUGCGGCAACCAUAUCCCAUCGGUGAUGGACUCCAUCCCGGAGGAAGACCGCUGCACUUGCACUCCCCAAGUUGAGAGAGAGGGGAAGAAGUACCCUCCCAAGGCGGCAAAGGCCGAUUGA